AUAAAAAAAAAAGAAAAAAAUCCAUCUGGCACCAAAAUGUCUGAUCAGUGCUCUUGGGUGUAUUUGUGUCUGCUGUGCUUUGGUUUCAGUGAGACGAUGGGGCAGGAAGAAAGCCCUCCGAGGCUUACCUCGAAAUAUGGCCAGCUUUUGGGGAGGCGGAUCCGGGUUAAAGACUCAACCCAGACAGUGUUGGCCUACUUGGGGAUCCCCUUUGCCGAGCCCCCUGUUGGAGUACUGAGAUUUUCAGCCCCUCUGCCCCCGAGAAAGUGGCAGGGUCUGAGGGACGCCACGGUCUACCCUCCACUGUGCCUUCAAAACAUGAAUGACACCAGACAGAUGGCGGACAUGUAUGCUGGUAGAUUCCCUCCUCUGAGUACCUCAGAAGAUUGCCUUUACCUGAAUGUGUACACCCCGGUCAGACCAGGGCACCCCAAGCACCUGCCGGUGAUGGUGUGGAUACACGGAGGAGGGUUUCUCAUGGGUGGGGCAGCGCUGUAUGAUGGCUCCUCAUUGGCUGCUUUCGGUGACGUGGUGGUUGUCAUAAUCCAGUACCGUCUGGGCAUACCAGGCUUUCUGAGCACGGGUGAUGGACAGACCCCUGAGAAUUUGGGGCUGCUGGAUCAGGUCUGUGCUUUGCGCUGGGUCCAGGAGACCAUCCACAGCUUUGGGGGAGACCCUGGAUCCGUUACCAUCUUUGGGGAGUCGGCUGGAGGCACCAGUGUCUUUUUGCAUAUGCUGUCGCCUGUGUCCUCCGGACUCUUCCACAGGGCCAUCACUCAAAGUGGGGUAAUCCUGCUUGCUCUGCUUAUGCAAAGUGACACCAAAACAUCAGCACUGCUAAUAGCUCAGAAAGCUGGCUGUGCCAGUGCUGACUCAGCUGACAUCAUGCAAUGUCUCAGGAACAAAACUGCACAGGAAAUCGAAGCCAUCACUCCCAGACUGGGGGACUCCGUGAUGAGCGUAUCCGCGGAUGGGGUGUUUUUACCCAAAAACACAGAAGAGCACAGAAAAAUGAUCUUCAGAAGUGUCCCGUGGAUUAUAGGGACAAACUCCCAUGAGUUUGGCUGGAUACUCCCAAAUAUGAUUCUUUUUCCUGGGUGGGACCUUGGAAUGACUCGCCAGGUAAUGGCAAUGACCCUGGCGUUCAUGCUUCAGAAAGCGGCCUUCCCUGAAAAUGCCCAGAAGGUCAUUGAGGAUGAGUACUUUGGGGACACUGAGGAUCCUGCCAAAAUAAGAGACAUCUUCUUGGACCUGAUGGGAGAUUUAGCAUUCCUAAGCCCAGCUGUUGAAGCAGCAAGAAAUCAUAGAGAUGCAGGCUCCCCGGUUUUCUUCUACGAGUUCCAGCAGCGCCCCUCCAUGUAUGGGCACAGCAGACCUGACUAUGUGAAAGCAGAUCACUUCGAUGAAGUUGGCUUCGUGUUUGGUGCCCCCUUCUGGAGUGAAGAAAUAGUGAUGCUAGAUAACACUACUUGGGAGGAAAGGCAGCUGAGCAAGAUUAUGAUGAAAUACUGGAGCAACUUUGCCAAGACUGGGAACCCCAAUGGACAGGAAAUGUUUGAGUGGCCAGAAUUCACCACAGAUGAACAACACCUGCUGCUCAAUUUAACUCGCAAGCUUGGAAACAUAGAAGAGAAGAGCAAAAUUGAAUUCUGGACUGAGCGUUUACCCAACAGACUGAAAUCAGGAAGUGACAACAGCAGUCGCGAUGAGCUGUAAAACAGAAAUCACAUUAAAUACAGGAGAUAUUUUCCUUUUUAGACAAAUAGUGGAAAACGGUAGUCCGAAUACCUUUUAAUAUUCAUAUACUGUAUGCAAUAUGUAUUAAAAACAUGCUAUUCUUAAAAGCCAA